AUGUUGGUGUCUAGUCGGGAAGGGAGUAAUGAGAGGUCGGAGGUAGGCGUUGCUCGUAUGCGUUUUGUUUGGGAUAUCUCCUCGCUGCGUUGGGUCCCCGCUACUGUGACAAACAUCUUUUAUCGGCGCAUCGAGGGUGGAAGUCGUUCUGCUCGCAGAAGCGGUGGUUGUUCUCCGUGGGCGAUGAAAAUGUCACCUCAGCAACUGCUUUUAAGUUGGAAAGAUCACAAUGGUGCUUUAAUGUCUGUUUUUGAGAAUCUUUUGAAAAGGAAUACUUUGGUAGACUGUACACUGGCUGCAGAGGGUCAGUAUGUAAAGGCCCAUAAAGUGGUGCUUUCUGCUUGCAGUUCAUAUUUCGAGUUAUUAUUUAGUCAGGAGAGCGAGAAGAAUCCAAUAGUCAUUCUUAAAGAUGUGAAAUUUCAAGAACUGGAAGCUGCGAUUAAUUUUAUGUACAGAGGAGAAGUGGAAGUUUGUGAAGAUAGGUUGGCAGCUUUUCUGGAAGUUGCAGAUUCUUUGCAAAUAAAGGGGUUAGGCAGCGAUGGAAAAUCUGAUGAUGCCAGAGGGAAGUCUCCAACACCAAAGAGCUCGAAGACUGCAGUUCCUCCAAAAGCACAUUCCAGCAGAAAGGAAGUCACACUCACGGAAAGUGAGAAUACUGUGGAGAGUUGCAUCACCCUCGACAGCGAUAAGAAUAGCAAUGAAAGUUCUUCUCACCAUCAUCUACCGCACAGAGAAACAUCAGGAUCUUCCUCCAUUCCUUCUGCACUUGCCAAAGCAUCUUCCUUCAGCAUACCAUUGGCUUCUACUUCGUGCCCAGUUAGAGUAGAAACUGUCCGUGAUAGAGACAAACUGGAGAAGAAUCAAUGCUCGUCCCCGUCUGUGUCUACUUUCCCUUCAGGAGAUACUGUGCCAUCAGAUGUGAACACUGUAAUUAAAGCUGAACCUGUCUCUGAUAGUUAUGUGGACGAAAAGUCGGAUGAGUCUGAGAGAGACUUUGAUGAUGUGACAAUGAUGGAAGAUCAGGAAGACUGGGAUGAUCCUAAUAUUGAGUCAAUGGUUGAUGACCAUUCCUCAAAUAAACAUGAUCCUGGGGUUAAAAAUUUCAAGCCUUUCAAUGGCUGGUUAGAUAAUUUUCGACAGCGGCAUGGUGUUGUAUACAAAGCAGAAUGUGGUGAGAGUGAAAGUGAGGACCAGCAGACUGGGACCAAAGCAGGAUUCGAGAUCGUGGUGGUUGCUCGAGUGGAAGAAGUUGAAAGUGAAUUCCAAGAGUUCCAUGAACUAGUAAGCAAUAGUGCUAUCAGUUUUGAGGACUUUGUGGCAACCACCAGAGUGCUGACUGUGAAGGAGUUGACCCCUGAGAGAAGCGAAAGAAAUGGAAGUAAAAAUGAACAUGGUAGUGGAUAG